AUGGAGCGGCCGAGCCCCCCGCUCACCUCCCUGUCUGAAUCUGGCUCCUACAGUCAGGACUAUAAAUACAGAGUGGCUGCACAAAGGAGGUUCAUCUCUAAUGAGAGGGAGAGUAGGACACACUGAGGCUGAGAGUGUGUUUCAGUGUGUGUGUGUGUGUGUGUGUUUCAGUGUGUUCAGUGCUGGUCUAUUCUAGGCCCUGCGCUGAAGGAGACUCUGGGACAGUCAGUUGGAGUCUGUGAAUGGUAAUUUUAAAGGUGCUCAGAGUGAGAUUAAUGACAUUAAUCUGUCUGUGGGUGUUAAUGGGACUGUUUUAGGACUGAUGACGCACUGAUCACCUUCCCUCCUUUUCAAAAACCUUCAAUCAGUCACCCACAUGUGCAAAAAUGCACGGCAGUACAUGUAUGUUCACACAAAGGACUUAAGGCAUGUAAUAAAAUCUAUAAUGUCUUUCAGUUUGGCUCAUACUCGGAAGCACGGGUGCAAUCAAAACCCAGAUUAUUUCCUUAUUUUAGAGCAGCUGAUGUGCGGCUGAAACGGCAAACGCUUGUUCUCUAAGAGUUGGCAGAAGAAAAAAUCUACAGGCUCCUAAAAAUGUGACGGUUUUGCUUUAAUGCAUCAUUACAUUUUGACUGAGAUUAGUCCAGCUCACUGCAGAGCCAACUUUCUGCAUGUAGCUUUAAAAGGCUUUAGCUUGAAUGAGUGUGAAAGGCUCAUGUGAAGAAGGAGAACAACCUUAGCAGUGAUGCUCCUGCUGAUUUUCCUUAUCCAGACAGUUUGGCUCAGCAUGAACAGACUCUAUCUGCUCCCAUACAGCUGACAUUUAUGUACAAGAGCCUAGGAAUCCACCAAUGAGUGUAUACUGUCUGCUGCCAUGGUGCUGUGAAGUCUGGGAACAUCAAAAUGACAACAUCCAAAAAAAAAAAUUAAAGCUCCUGUGAGGAACUUAUGUUUGUGUGAAUUUUGGCACCCCCUGUGGACGAAGCAGUCUUGAACUUUUUGUCUUCUAUAUGCAUUUGUCGUAACUUUUGACAUUUAUUGUCACUUCUGCCUGGCUGACACACCACCUAUUUUAUAAAUGUAAAAAAGAAAAGAAAAAAACUUAUAGCGGCUUUAACUGCAGUGACAGGUUGAUAACUAACAGUUCAUGGAGUCAAAAUGAGUCCCCGGCUCUGUAAAGCCUUUCAGAUUGUUGUGGUGAAUCCUUCAGGACUCCUCAGCUGUGGGUCUGAACUAAGAAUUUCUUAACGGCAGCAGGAGAUGGAAAUCUUUCCCUCCACAGCUUCACCUUCACUUCACCUCAAAACAACUUUUCUCUCACACACUAAAAAACUGUGAAACUGUUGAAUCCAGUAAAUAAGACUUGUCACCCAGUUAACUGUGAGGAUAAUAGUGUCAUAUAAAAAGUGCUCUUUGCUCACUUCCUAACCUGCCGUUAUAAGUGUGCCAUGAAAUUAUUGCCAGCGCCAUCCCUUCCUUCUUCUCCCCUUCAUCUGAGAGACUGUUUUCAUAAAAUGAAAUAAUAAUGCCUGUUUGCUGCCGCUGAGGCUCCAUAAUGGGGCAGCGGCGCUGAGAGAAAAGUGGGUGAAUUAAACUUUAAGGAGACGGCAGCGGAAAUUUAGCGGUGUCUAUUAAAACUCACAUUUAAAGGAAAAACAGGGGCGAGAAAGGGGGGAGUACAGAGGGGGAGAAAACAGACAGAGGUUUGGAAUAAUGGGUUUGCAGGGUUCGCUCUCUGGGUGUCAUUAAAGAUGGCAUAUGCAGCCGACAGGUCCUUCAGAGUGAUGCAAACUUCUGCAGCCUGUCUCCCCACACUCACCCACCCACCCCACCCCUGUGCACUCCUGCCCCACCCCCUUCCUCCCCCUCCCUGCCCGCCUUCCUCCCACUGAUGUUAAAAGAAAUCUUUAUUGUCAGUCACAUUUUCUAUUCACUUUGUUCACCUGCACUGACAACCUGAGCUGAGACACAGAAACAGUCGUACGUGUGUGUGUGUGUGUGUGUGUGUGUGUGUGUGUGUGUGUGUGUGUGUGUGUGUGUGCGGGGGAUGCAGCAGAGUUUAUAUGUGGCUGUGUGUGUGUGUGUGUGUGUGUGUGUGUGUGUGAAGUGGAUCCUGAGUUUCUAAAUGUUUCCUCAUUAGCUGAAAUCUGUUUGAAAUUGCAGCAGUAACGAAGACUCUCCUUCUCUCUCUCUCUCUCUCCUUCUCUCUCUCCAAAUGUCUGACAGGUGGAGAGGACGACGGGUGAGGCAGGGAGAGGAGGGAGGGCGGUGUUUGAUUUGAGGAUGGGGGGAUGACUGAGGGGAGGAUGUGGGAGGUGGACCUGGGUGAUGCGUGGGGGGGUGUCACCGUCUUUGCGGUGUCUAUCCACCCCAAGAAAGCCUUCAUGUGUCUCCUGUGUGACUGCAGCGGCUCGAUGGGAGAAGGAUGACAGUGGCAGUAAAUUAUUUAUUGGGCUGAGCCGCAGAGUUCUCGUCGUGUGCUUCAUUAUACCUGAUUGGCUUCGUAAUAGGGGGUGUGUGUGAAGGCAGCGGCUGGCUGCAGAUCGGCCUCCAGAAGAAGACAGGGAGUUUCUGAUCUUCCCGGUGUAAUGGGGAGAGGGAGACCAAAGUCCAGACCCUCUCUCUUUGAAAAGAGAGCGGUGGUAUGGCGGCCAGCAGAGUUUUUAAUGAUGGGCUCCUUCAGCUCAGUCUAUGCUCGCUCUGCUGGUUAAACUGUCAGCUGAGGCAGAGCAGUUACUCCUUCUGUGAGUUAAAGGGACAUUUCAGUAUUUUUUUUAAGUGAGGUAGAGUGAGUUAUAAGUGUGUUAACCACUAUAGAUGUCAGCCAGCUUGGCCCUUUAAAAAAAGAAACUACAGGAAGAACCUGCAUGCAAGCUAGGCAACAGUUUUCUGAAAAAAGUGUCAAAUCUGCACAGAGGCUACUGAACAGAGACUCGGAGCCGAGUCCUGACUGUUCAGGCUGCUGCAUCUCUUGAUGAGAAAAGGUUAUUUUUGUUUUGCAUGAGCCACACUGUUUUUCUUUUCUCAUUAUCCUCAUAAAUGUGAUUGUGAACAGAGUUGCCUAAGCUGUUUUCAUUGUUCACCUAAACUCUGACCACAUCUUCAAUACAGAGUUACAAGACAACUGAAAUUUUGCAAAAUUUGGUGACCAGUAAAGCUUUGUGCUUUAAAAAACAUCUGAACAUUUUGAUGAUUAACUUUUUUGCUCUUAAACUAAACUGCUCUGAAAAAAAUGUCAGCAGAGAAGAGUGUCUAAGAGCGGGACAUAAACUCAUCAGGUUCUGAUUGGCAGCUCAUCAUUUGGAGAACUUUUCUGUAAUUGCUUUCCUUCAGCCGAGGCAAGGAUCUGCAGCAUGUUUAUGGAGACAGAAGAAUCGAAAUCCUCUGGGUGACGAGUUUAAAACUCACAAUCUGUUGGCUGUCUCGUGACCCUAGACGCCAACUGAUAACGGCGGUCACGUGGAGCUUCCUGGGAGUGAUGGAGGAGAUUUCAGACUUCAGGUCACGCCAACAAACUGAAAGUUUUGCAUCUCUUCUUAUCUGCUGCUGUUUCCCCCUCAGUGGAGACAGAUAAGAGUUCAUGCUUAGAAGGACUGAUUAUCUCUGAAAUAAACAAAUAUGGACAGCCAUGUCUAUCAAGCCAUGAAAACACCUCUACUUGCACCUCUCUUUAUGAAGUUAUCUCUGUGUUCAGAGUGAGGGGGGAGGAAGAAGUUUGGCUCCAUUAGAGAACUUUAAAUUAAUUCGACCUUUAUAAAAACUGUGAGCGCCAGAGCGCCAGAGCAUUUAGCUUCAUUUGAAAGUAACUGGUCACAGGGUCACAGAUUACCUUCAGUCAGGUGACUCCAUAGACUGUAUAUACUAUGGACAACUUGGUUCCGCCUCCCGCCUGUAUACAGAUUUGAAGCCAAAAAGUUCUCGGUAUUUCUGGGAUUUUUCUUCGUUUCCUGAACCAGCGCUGCGCAUUCGGGCGAUGCGCGCAUUCGGGCGCGCAGUCGCCGAAAGUCGCUGUGAUGAUGCUCGGCUCAAACAGCAUAGCCCUCGGGUGAGCUAUGCAGUCACUGAACGCCCAUAGGCUGUAUCAGGUGUCAAUCAUAGAAAACAUGAACCCCCAUAAUAACUUUUAAAAACAGAGCUUCACAGAAAAAAGAGGACUUGAGCACAAACUAGUGUUACAAUAACUACAUGUCAACAUCACAAGCAGGGGGGAGAAAAAUGUAUGUUCUGUGUAAUUAAUUUCUAAAGUUUAUCCACAGCCCCAUAAGCUUUGCUGGCGGAGGCGGGAUUUAUGACCUAUACUGCAGCCCAUCAACAGAGGGUGCUGUUCUCGGAGUGGCUUCACCCAGCCAGGGGGCAGACUCUGUCUAUUCUUUAUACAGUCAAUGGGUGACUCUCAUUUGUCUUGGUUAAUAAACAAUCACUGAACAAUUAAAUCUACAUUAAUGAGCUGUCUCACUUUAGAGGAGAUUGCUGCUUUACAGAGAGAUAGAGUGAACUCUACAAACAAACAAUGCAGUUUACAAUGAGCAAAGGGUAGGGGAAGUGAAAUGGUCUCAUUGUAAUAGCUUUUCUUUAUAAUUGAGAGAAUGUGCCAGAUUUCUGGAGUCAAAACAACCUGAACCAAAACCCCAAAUUUCAAAGAGUUAGGAUGCUGUAAGAUGUUGUUAGACAUACAAUUUGAUGGUUUGCUAAUCAAUAAAAAAACAAUAUCAAAGUUUACACUUUACUGAAAAUAGCAAAAACAAUAGAACAGAUGUUACAACUGGAAAUGAUCUGCCCAUUUUCAAUUCUACACCAGCAGCACAUCUUUAAAGCCUUCUCAUAAAGGAACAACCAAACAAGUAAAAAGUUGUUAUAGAGGAAAAACCAAACAGGUACUCUGUAGUGGAAAUCACCGCAUCGGCUCCAAAUCACUGCCAAACAAAGUUCAUGACUGCAUCCAACAAUGAGUUUCAAACUAAUCCAUGCAACGGAACCAGAUGGAGACAGGAUCCAGAAACAGCUGAUCUGGAUCUUGAUUACACCAAUUCAGUAUGACUUUACUCUGCUGUUAUAACUGUGUCUAUUUUACGUUUAUCAGCUGUUCUUUUUUUAAAGAACAGCUGAUUGCAGCACACUAUAGCUCUUACUUGUUCAGUGUCUUGAAUGCUGCAUGAUACACAUUUUAAUGAUCAUAUUAAAAUGUGUAGCAUGCAGCAUUCAAGACAGGUUUAAUUGUAGCAGUUCAGAGUUUCCAUUAAUUCAAAAAGGAUCAUUGAAAUAUUAAUGCAGUUAGCUCAGGUAAUCCUGCAGAGCUUCAUUCAACAGAAAGUAAAGAUGUCAGAGAAAAUGGAGGGUCACUAUCAGCUCUUCAAUCCCCCCACCCCACCCCGGCUCUUGUCAGUGUGUGUUCAGCUCGACUCUCUCUGCAGCGGUUCACGGUUAGAGAAAUGUGACCCUCCAUUUCCUCCACCUCUGUUCCGACCUCUCUCUAGGCCGGCAGGAUAAUUUUUUGCUUCAGUGGUCAGCAGCAGUCAGGAUGUGUCACUUAAUUCAACCUGCAGUCAAUGAAUACGGGUUUGCAUGACACAAGCGGCUGAACUGGACUGUCCUCAGGUGGAUCUGAGCAGCCGAGGUGUGUGUGUGUGUGUGUGUGUGUGUGUGUGUGUGUGUGUGUGUGUGUGUGUGUGUGUGUGUGUGUGUGUGUGUGUGUGUGUGGAGGAGGGGGUUCGAUGACUUUAAAGGACAUCCUCAGACAUCGAGGAGGACAUGAUACAGCCUGUUUAAGUCACACCACAGAUUUACACCUGCAUGCUGAAUAAAAGUAAAAUCUAAACCCUCAAACAGCAGCAGCAUGGAUGAAAUGGUAAUUUAGAGCCUGUGUCAGAGAAUACUGAGUCUUUGUUCAAUCAAUAACCAUAACCAAAGUUUGCAGUUGCUAAUUUCAUGCUGAAAGAAUCUAAGAUUUGGUUUAUUAUAUGUAAUGAACUCAAACAGUCCCUCAUGUUCCACAGAUUUAGAUUUGCAUGCAUUCUGUGCAAGCCUGAACUCUUCUCCAACCACCGCAGCUCAAUUGCAGGUUUGAGUCCCCCCUCCAUGUCCACCAUCAAGUCUGAAACCAAACUCACUAUAUUACUAUUUAAACUCAUCUGCACCUUUUACAAUGUCUUGAAUAUCUCCAGCAUGUUAUUUGAUAGAAACUUCUUCUGACAGCUGCCCUGGUCUGAAGAGGCUCCUGUGUGGCUCUUUCGUCAUUGAUCCUCAGUCCACAGAAGGAGAUAUUUACCAAAACUGCAUCACAGCUGCUGCCAGCACCCGGCAUUGAGCGUUAUUUUCACCAAACUAUCUGCAAAUUAACUUCUUAUCAAGUCCUGCAGCUCUGUGCAGUUCCCUCCUGUUUGAAGAAUGAUCGUGGAGAUGAGCAGUUAGCAUCUGCACUGAGGGAGUUGCGCUGGGCACUCUCAUCCUGAAAGAGCCUAUAUUAGUCCACAUAUGCAAGAACUUCACAGGGAGGAUGCCAGUUUUUAAACAGAGGCUUAUUUAGACCUAUCUAUUAUUAAUGGUAGUUAAGGUGAGUGCAAUAAUUGGUUUGCAAAGUUGGGUGCAGGUUGCCGUACAGUCGUAAGGUUUGCUUCCUUGUGGCAGUGGUGGCUGCUUUGACUCCUUGCUGCUUUGACUUGCUGACUAAUGCUGGAUCCGCAGAUCUUAAAGCAGGCUGGGUUUCCUGGUUUUUGCAGGUGGACAGACACAAACAUUUCUCGCAUCUUCAAUUAAUGCAAAAACAAAUCUGUUUCCUGGUGGUUCAGUGCUGAAAGUUUUCUCAGAACAGACUGCACUUCUACUGAAAUGAGUUCCCAGGUCAGACUCUUAUGGAAUUAUAUUUGUGCCAGUAUCCUGAGCGAGCAAUGAAAGAUUUUGAGCGAGCAAUGACAGAUUUUGAGCACAGAAAAAAUACAUUGAGCAAAAAAAAAAAAUCUUUUCUGUGCUCCAUAAAUGUGUUUGCAUGUUAGUUGUACGCGCUCACUUCCCCCCCCUCUCUCGCUCAACCUCUCGCCCUCUGCGCGCUCGGGUUUGUCCUCUCUGUGCGCUCAGCUUGACACACACGUUACAAAUGUGCCACAAAGCCAAACAAUCAGAGAGUUGGCGGAAGUACACUCUGAUUGGCUGUUUGCUCUCCAAUUAGAUAGCUAGUUACAUUCACCCGGAAAAAGCAAAGGAGAUCGCAUCAGAUGGACUUGGACAGGAGAAGGAGGACUUCUUUGGAAACAAUGUACGGGCAGUAUUUAUUAUUAUUAUUAUUAGUAGUAGUAGUAGUAGUAGUAGUAGUAGUAUUAUGAUUAUUGUCUCAUGUUAUAGAACUACCUUGUUAGUUUUUGUACUUUAGUGAUGUAACAUUAGGGCUGCCUUGUCUGGGUUUACUUUUUCCUUUCUGUCCUGGGCACCAUUAGAUAAUGUCAGGUGAACAACAACAACCACAUGUAAGUAGUUUGUGUUACCUUUGUUAUAAACACAGUGUGUUAUAAACAUUUGUAAAGUUCUGUUUUUACGUUAGUUUGCAACCAUUGUAAGUUUGCAAACUAGCCAUUAGCUAUUUUGGUCGGUACUCUUAUAAUGAUGCCUUUGACUAGCCUACACCUAUUAUCCAACAGUUCCACAUCAAAUUUUGUUAGCUGGUAACAGAGCCAGCCAUGUUAAUGGUACAUCCUGGAUUGAUUUAGGGUCAAGGUACAGUUGAGUCAGCAGCCACAAACAGCUCAACCAGGCCCACAAGGCAGGAGACAGAGCAGCCUGCUCCAGCCCCUAGAAAUGUAACUGUGUAGCAAGAAAUGACAAGGUUUGUUAUUCAAGCCACACAACGUCAUUCUCAUUUGCACUAGGGAAAAAACAGAGUUUUCUUGUUAGGUCCACAUCACUACUGCUAAGAUGUGUGAAUUCAAAUGUGCAUUUUGAAUCACACUCAGACAGAAGUUUUGUUUGUGAUUUCAUUGGAAAAACUAUAUACAUGUCAGUUAGAAGUUGAAUGCAACACUUACUAAACUCUUACUUAUAUUUUAAUCCACAGAUUGUUUCCAGGAUACUUAAAGUCAAACUUAAAUCAUGGUAAAAAAAAAAAAAAGGUGUUUGACUGCCACUAAGCAUGUCCUUAAGAUAAACAGUAAUACAGCUGCUCUCAAUUUUUAUCUGCUGCCAAAAAAUACAUCCUACACACCGUUGCCUGUUGAGGAGCUUGAACUCCUUCAGGCGGGCAUGGGGAGACAAAUGGUGAGCCUUCCUGAAGAUGGUGACCACACAGAAGUUCAGCUGUCAGUCCAGUUGUUUAACUUAUCAUUAAAGCUAGUUAUUGUAUUUUAUCUUAAGUUGUGUGCACUGUCACACCCCUCUAAAGAUUUCCAGGCUCCUGGCUAACACAUUUCCAAAAACGGAGGGUCUGUGUGGAGGGUGGCUCUUGCAUAAGGCUACAGGUUUGUAAGAUAAAUAUUGUUUCAAGAUUUCAUAUUUACUGAUUAUUACAUCCCACUUACCCAUUUUUGGGGUCUGUAAACCCUUAUGGUGCAUUGAUCACUUGCUGUAAGCAUUAAAGAUGUCUGACUGACUAAAUGUUUUGUUUUUUUCUCAACAAAACAGAUGAUAUUUAAACUUCUGUUUUAUUUCUCUUUUCUCAAUUAAGGUGGGAAUAGUUGAUGAAAACUCACUGUCAUUCCACCAGAGGCAGAGGGAUAUACUACCAAAGCUCUGAGAGCUGUGUCAGCAGGCGGCAAAGCCACUUUUUACAUAGUACCACUUCAGGAGACAUUGGACACCUCUCCUCUUCCUCCUGACUCACCUCACUUCUCAAAAAUGCCAGACGGCAUGUUACCAGUAUAAUGAAUUGAGGCCUCUGCUGAUGCUUGCAGUGCACAUUAAGACAUGCAAGGGUAAACUGUCUGAUGAUGAUGAUAAUAAUGAUGAUGAGGUGAGGGCAAAUUGUUUUUGUUUUUCUUAAAAAAAAAUUACAAUUAAAUUAAAUUUACUGUUCUGUAAUUUUGCAGUCCUCUGAUGGCAUAUGUGUUGUGGAGAGCAAGUGUAAGGUAAAUAUGGCAUAUCAUUAAAAUCUGAGAUCACUUUGGUUUGCUUUGCAACAGCUGUUUUGUUAACAUUAAACAAUGUUUUUUAAAAUUUUGGGUGGUUUGUCCAAUCUGCACCAAAGAAUUCCCAGAUGACGAGAUUACAGUCCACGCUAGUCUAUGUGGAGAGAGGUAAUCUGCUUUGUCCUGCUAUUUGUAUGAUAAACAUUUUCAUAGAUUAAUGUCUGUAUACAGUUUAAAUGACCUGAACAAUGUCUGUGUAUACUGUAUGUUCAGUGUUUAGUGUUUGAGACUAUUGUUUCCUGUACAGCUUUGAAUGUACACUGACCUCUGCACCAAAUGACAAUGGUCCAAGUACAGCUGCUCACACUCCAGUAUCCAGACCAAAAAGAUAUGAUGUAUUAGGAUGUCCUUUGCAUGUGUUUAUUUUUAAUAGCGCAUCCAUGUUUUGCAGCAUCAUUUACACAGUCAACAUGUUCUCAGUUGAACAAGAGCUAGCUAUCACAUACUUUCAAGUUAUUUUAUUGUAUACAAAUUUUGUUUGGGUAUUUGGGACUGUAUUAAUAUUUCUUCUGUUGUCUCCUUAAGUGUGGAGGAUGUACUGCUCUUCCUUACACACCAAAUUGACACCACAACAGAAUUUAUACUGUGUGUGGACAGAGAAGACCCUCUUGAAAGGGGCAUUCUCCAAUGGAAAAGGAAGAAAACGGCGUCUCCUGCCAGUGCUCUGGAGGUGGUCUAUAAAGGAGAGGCAGGCAUUGAUACAGGAGCACUUAGAAAAGAGUUUCUGACUGGUAAGUUGGUCAUGUAACCAUUUUGUUGUUAUAUGAAACAAAAUCAAUAGAUCAUCAAAAUCUAUGUAUUGCUCUUUUGCAUAAGAAAUGAUUUCAGGUAUUGAAAAGAGAUUCUUUGAAGGAGCUGGAAACCAGGGUAAAAAUCCCAAGUACUCUUUGACUGAGCUUGAUAAUGAGAAUUUCAGGUAGGUAACGCUUUUUACAAAUUUUACUGAGACUUUUUCUACCUCGCACACAGAACUAUUGGUGAAAUAAUGGCAGUCAGUCUUGCGCAAGGUGGCCCACCUCCUGCUUUUUUGAAAGAGUGGUGCUACAACUUCCUCUGCAUGGGAGAGAUUGACUUUCACUCUCUGUCUAAGGAGGAUGUGGCUGAUUUAGAAUCCUGUGUACUCAUCAGCAGGGUGAGUGCUCUUAGGCAUUGUUAAAUAAUAAAUAUUUCUCUAAUGUUAAUACCUAUUGCAUUAUUUGCUUCAUCUCUACAUUGCACAUUUCAGGUCGAAAAUUCCACAGAUGUCCAGUCUCUGAUGAUGUAUGCUGAUGAAAUUAUCAGCUGUAGAUACACCAGCCAGAUCAAACUGGACAGCAAGGUAAGCAUUAUUCGGUAAGUGUUUUGAAACAAUAUUAACAUUUCAUUUGAAUUUUGACAACACCUUAACACAUUUCUCACAGUGAUACAUACGUAUUGAUAGUCAAUUCAAAAGAAGAAAAUACACAAAAGCAACAAUAUUAUCAGUUUAAAUAUUUUUCAUUAAAAAAAUACCCUUUCAAACCAGUAUUGUUUUUUUUCUUCAAAGAGCAAUUGUUCUGCAUUCGACAACAAGAGUGAUUCCAAUGCUGCAGCAACUGAGAAAGGGCAUGGAACUGUAUGGCCUGGUGAACCAGAUGGCAUCAAACCCUGCAGCUUGCCACUCCUUGUUUGUUCCUGGGAAGAUCACCAAAGUAAAACUUUUAUAUCAAUACUAUUUUUUUUUCUUAAACACUUGUAAUUUUCCAAUUAUCAUAUAAAACUAUCGUAUUUUACAAUCAUUUUACAAAUAACUGAAGGAAAACAAUCCCAAAGUAAAAAUUUUAACUGCCACUUAUUUUGUUCUUACAUAGCCUACAUUGUUGUUCUGUAUUGACAUUUCGAUUUUGUAUGUCAUUAAUAGCCUGAGUUUGUACACUUAAAGAUAUUUAGCCAAAUAUGCAUUCACUCUUUAUAGCCUGAUGCCGAUUUCAUGAUGAUGAACUGCCAGCCAUAUUACAGUGAAAAGGGGACAUCUAAGGAAAGAGCUGAGAAGAAGGUGAUCAACUUCCUCCAAGAUUUCUUAAAAGAGCUUGAAAUGGCAGGUAUGAUGUACUGUAUAGCAGUGAUUUUCAACCUGUGUACACUAGUGUGCUGUGAGAGAUUGUCUGGUGUGCCAUGGAAAAUUAUCCAAUUUGCAAAUAAUAUGCCAUUGUCAAGUGUCUGUACAGUAAUAAAGUGA